AUGUGCAGAUUUAUCACGUGCCACGUGUUGCAGGUUCUGAGCAAGUCAGCGCGGCGACACCUGGAUCGUGACGUGGAGGAGGAGGAGAAUCUUCUCGAGUGCCAGAACCACCCGGGCAAGAUGGUGGACAUGUACUGUAGCGAGCAUGAUGAGAUCUGGUGCGGGGGCUGUAUGGCCAUCUACCACAAGACCUGUUCCAAUGUCGUGUUCAUUUCGGAGGCCGCCAAGCCCAUCAUGAAGUCGAAAGAACUCAAAGACACGCGCUCAGGAGUCAUCAAAACCAUCAAGGAAUACGCGCAGCUUAAACAGCGAGUCGAGCGCAACAUGGACAACAUAGCCAAACAGAGCGACGCAACACUAGAAACCAUCAAGUCCCUGCGCAUGCGCAUCAAUGACGUCCUGGAGCAACUAGAACGCGGCGCCAUGGUGCAGCUGAAGGAGAUUUACACCCGGAACUCCGUUCAGAUCAGCGAGGACGUGCUGCGCUGCGAGGCGGUUCUGAAGGCGCUCAGCCAGGUGGAUCGGGAACUUAACAAGCCGCUAAGCCCCUCGAACUUGGAACCGGACAUCUUUGUGUACAUGCACCGCGCCCAGGAGAAAAUGAAAAUGGCGUCGAACUACUUCGGAUUGCUAGAACGCGGAACUGUGGGGGAACGCAUCCGGUUUGUUAUAGAACCAGAAAUCGAGGACUGGCUGUACAAAAUGAAGAACCGUCAUCUUGGUCAUUUCAUCUACAAGUAUCGUCUGAACGAGAUUCCCGUCAGAAUGGACGAUGAAGUCACGACCUGCGUAAUCAACGGAGCGUCUGUCAUCACUGACGAGCGAAUCCUAAUGACUGACUGGAGCAACAAGCGGCUCAAACUCCUCGACAAGUUUUUCGCGGUAACGGACUGUCUAAAUUUGGAGUCGGGCCCAAAUGAUGUCUGCCACGUCUCGACAAACGAGGCCAUGGUCAGUCUACCAGACGAGAAAUCCCUUCAGCUGGUUAAGAUUGAUCCUAAGUUGUCUCUGGGUAAGAAAUACGACAUCGGAGUGGAGUGCCGGGGUAUGGAGUACUGGGCUGGGGAGCUCUACGUGAUCUGCGGCGGUCUCGAACACGAGGUCAAAGGACACCUGCGCGUAUACAACACCACGGGAAAGCUCAUCCGGGCAAUCGAGCAUGACCACCUGAAUGAGCCGAUUUUCUCGAUCCCCAUGCGGAUGGCCAUUUCUAACGACGGCAGCAAGAUCUACGUGACGGACGGUGAAAAGGGAAUCAUAACGCUCAAGAAGUCAGGUGAGGUGCUGCCACCGUUCCAAGACGCCGCCCUGAAGUGGCCCUGGGGAAUCUCCGCAGACAACAGCGACCAGUUGUUCGUUUGCGGAAGUAGCUCCAAUAACGUAGUGCAGAUCCGGGACAAUUCCAAGAUCGGCGUGGCGCUCCAGGGCGUCGACGGCAUAAAGGAUCCCAUGGCCAUAUGCUUCUUUCCCGUCGGCUCGAAGCUAAUCGUCACUACGGACAAGAACGAUUACAUCAAGGUUUUUACCCCUCUGUAACACUGUCCGAGGGUAGGGACUCUUGCCGGGCUGUUUAAUUAUUAUU